AGGAGGGGGAGCCGCUCAUUCAUUUUUACUUCGCAUUUCUGCCCCUGGCCGGCCUCGCCCGCGACCCGGACUUCGGGGCAAUCUUGCGAACUGCGUCGCGCCCUCCAGCCGCGGAGGCUCGGGUGUCGGACAGCCUCCCCCUCUGCCUGGGGUCGGGUUUGUUUUUCCUCGCCGAGACGAAUUUGGGCUUUGCCCCCUUUCUGUGCAGUUUUCCCCCCCUCCUGCCUCUCUGGGUUUGAAAAUGGAGGCCGACGACGCCGACAGCCCGCCCCGGCGCGCCUCGGGUUCCCGACUCCGCCGAGCCCUGGGCCGAGGCUGCCGGCGCUGAGGGGCCGCCCCGCGCCGCCGCCCGCCCGCUCCGCGCACCCGGAGGGUCCCUGGCCGGCGCCGCCUUUGGAGUAUUGUUUCCUUCGCCCUGUUUUUGGAGGGGGCGAAGACUGAGUUUGAGACUUUUUCUUUCCCGUUUUUUUCUUUUUUUUCCUUUUCCUUUUCCUUUUUUUUCCUUUUUUUUUUUUUUUGAGAGAGGGGAAUUUCGUCCCAAAUAAAAGGAAUGAAGUCUGGCUCCGGAGGAGGGUCCCCGACCUCGCUGUGGGGGCUCCUGUUUUUCUCCGCCGCGCUCUCGCUCUGGCCGACGAGUGGAGAAAUCUGCGGGCCGGGCAUCGACAUCCGCAACGACUAUCAGCAGCUGAAGCGUCUGGAGAACUGCACGGUGAUCGAGGGCUACCUCCACAUCCUGCUCAUCUCCAAGGCAGAGGACUACCGCAGCUACCGCUUCCCCAAGCUCACGGUCAUCACCGAGUACCUGCUGCUGUUCCGCGUGGCCGGCCUUGAGAGCCUUGGGGACCUCUUCCCGAACCUCACGGUCAUCCGCGGCUGGAAGCUCUUCUACAACUACGCCCUGGUCAUCUUUGAGAUGACCAAUCUCAAGGAUAUUGGGCUUUACAAUCUGAGGAACAUUACUCGGGGGGCCAUCAGGAUUGAGAAGAAUGCCGACCUCUGUUACCUCUCCACGGUGGACUGGUCCCUGAUCCUGGAUGCCGUGUCCAAUAACUACAUCGUGGGCAACAAACCCCCAAAGGAAUGCGGGGACCUGUGUCCGGGGACAAUGGAGGAGAAGCCCUUGUGUGAGAAGACAACCAUCAACAACGAGUACAACUAUCGUUGCUGGACUACAAACCGUUGCCAGAAAAUGUGCCCGAGCGCGUGCGGGAAGCGGGCGUGCACCGAGAACAACGAGUGCUGUCACCCCGAGUGUCUGGGCAGCUGCAGUGCGCCCGACAACGACACGGCCUGCGUGGCGUGCAGGCAUUACUACUACGCCGGCGUCUGCGUGCCCACCUGCCCGCCCAACACCUACCGCUUCGAGGGCUGGCGUUGCGUGGACCGCGACUUCUGCGCCAACAUACCCAGCGCCGAGAGCAGCGACUCCGAGGGGUUUGUGAUCCACGACGGCGAGUGCAUGCAGGAGUGCCCCUCGGGGUUCAUCCGGAACGGCAGUCAGAGCAUGUACUGCAUCCCUUGUGAAGGUCCUUGCCCCAAGGUCUGUGAGGAAGAAAAGAAAACAAAGACCAUUGAUUCUGUUACCUCUGCUCAAAUGCUCCAAGGAUGCACCAUCUUCAAGGGCAAUUUGCUCAUUAAUAUCCGCCGAGGCAAUAACAUUGCCUCAGAACUGGAGAACUUCAUGGGGCUCAUCGAGGUGGUGACAGGCUACGUGAAGAUCCGCCAUUCCCAUGCCUUGGUCUCCUUGUCCUUCCUAAAAAACCUUCGCCAGAUCUUAGGAGAGGAGCAGCUAGAAGGGAACUACUCCUUCUAUGUCCUCGACAACCAGAACUUGCAGCAGCUGUGGGACUGGGACCACCGCAACCUGACCAUCAAAGCUGGGAAGAUGUACUUUGCUUUCAAUCCCAAAUUGUGCGUCUCCGAGAUUUACCGCAUGGAGGAAGUGACAGGGACUAAGGGGCGCCAGAGCAAAGGGGACAUAAACACCAGGAACAAUGGAGAGCGAGCCUCCUGUGAAAGUGACAUCCUGCAUUUCACCUCUACGACCACGUGGAAGAAUCGCAUCAUCAUAACGUGGCACCGUUACCGGCCCCCUGACUACAGGGACCUCAUCAGCUUCACUGUCUACUACAAGGAAGCACCUUUUAAAAAUGUCACGGAGUAUGAUGGGCAGGACGCCUGUGGCUCCAACAGCUGGAACAUGGUCGAUGUGGACCUCCCUCCCAACAAGGACGUCGAGCCUGGCAUCCUGCUGCACGGGCUGAAGCCCUGGACGCAGUACGCUGUGUAUGUCAAGGCGGUGACCCUCACCAUGGUGGAGAACGACCACAUCCGUGGGGCCAAAAGUGAAAUCUUGUACAUUCGCACCAAUGCUUCAGUUCCUUCCAUUCCCCUGGACGUUCUUUCCGCGUCCAACUCCUCUUCUCAGCUCAUUGUGAAGUGGAACCCGCCCUCCCUGCCCAACGGCAACCUCAGUUACUACAUCGUGAGAUGGCAGCGGCAGCCUCAGGACAGCUACCUUUACCGGCACAACUACUGCUCCAAAGACAAAAUUCCCAUCAGGAAGUAUGCCGACGGCACCAUCGACGUGGAAGAGGUGACGGAGAAUCCCAAGACCGAGGUGUGUGGCGGAGAGAAGGGGCCUUGCUGCGCCUGCCCCAAAACCGAGGCCGAGAAGCAGGCCGAGAAGGAGGAGGCCGAGUACCGAAAAGUCUUCGAGAACUUUCUGCACAACUCCAUCUUUGUGCCCAGACCUGAAAGGAAGCGGAGAGACAUCACCCAAGUCACCAACACCACCAUGUCUAGCCGAAGCAGGAACACCACGGUGGCAGAUACCUAUAAUAUCACAGACCCAGAAGAGCUCGAGACAGAAUACCCUUUCUUUGAGAGCAGAGUGGAUAACAGGGAGAGAACUGUAAUCUCUAACCUCCGGCCUUUUACUUUGUACCGCAUUGACAUCCACAGCUGUAACCACGAGGCUGAGAAGCUGGGCUGCAGCGCCUCCAACUUUGUUUUUGCAAGAACCAUGCCUGCAGAAGGAGCAGAUGACAUUCCUGGGCCGGUGACCUGGGAGUCGAGGCCUGAAAACUCCAUCUUUCUAAAGUGGCCGGAACCUGAGAAUCCCAACGGAUUGAUUCUAAUGUAUGAAAUAAAAUAUGGAUCACAGAUCGAGGAUCAGCGGGAAUGUGUAUCGAGACAGGAGUACAGGAAGUAUGGAGGCGCCAAGCUUAACCGGCUCAACCCCGGGAACUAUACGGCCCGGAUCCAGGCCACCUCUCUCUCUGGGAAUGGGUCCUGGACGGAUCCUGUGUUCUUCUACGUCCCAGCCAAAAUAACAUAUGAAAACUUCAUCCAUCUGAUCAUCGCUCUGCCUGUUGCUGUCCUGUUGAUAGUGGGAGGGCUGGUUAUAAUGUUGUAUGUCUUCCACAGGAAAAGAAAUAACAGCAGGCUGGGGAAUGGAGUGCUGUACGCUUCCGUGAACCCAGAGUACUUCAGCGCCGCCGACGUGUAUGUACCUGACGAGUGGGAAGUUGCUCGAGAGAAGAUCACCAUGAGCCGAGAGCUGGGGCAGGGCUCAUUUGGGAUGGUAUACGAAGGAGUUGCCAAAGGCGUGGUUAAAGAUGAGCCCGAAACCAGGGUGGCCAUUAAAACAGUGAACGAGGCCGCGAGCAUGCGUGAAAGGAUUGAAUUUCUCAAUGAGGCGUCAGUGAUGAAGGAGUUCAAUUGUCACCAUGUGGUGCGGUUGCUGGGCGUCGUGUCCCAGGGCCAGCCGACGCUGGUCAUCAUGGAACUGAUGACACGGGGGGAUCUCAAAAGCUAUCUCAGGUCUCUGAGGCCAGAAAUAGAGAAUAAUCCAGUCCUAGCACCUCCAAGCCUAAGCAAGAUGAUCCAGAUGGCUGGGGAGAUUGCAGAUGGCAUGGCAUACCUCAACGCCAACAAGUUUGUCCACAGAGACCUUGCUGCCCGGAACUGCAUGGUGGCCGAAGAUUUCACGGUCAAAAUCGGAGAUUUCGGUAUGACGAGAGACAUCUACGAGACAGACUAUUACCGGAAAGGAGGAAAGGGGUUGCUGCCUGUGCGCUGGAUGUCCCCCGAGUCUCUCAAGGAUGGAGUCUUCACUACUCACUCCGACGUCUGGUCCUUCGGCGUCGUGCUCUGGGAGAUCGCCACGCUGGCCGAGCAGCCCUACCAGGGCUUGUCCAACGAGCAGGUCCUUCGCUUCGUUAUGGAGGGCGGUCUUCUGGACAAGCCGGACAACUGCCCUGACAUGCUGUUUGAACUGAUGCGCAUGUGCUGGCAGUACAACCCCAAGAUGAGGCCUUCCUUCCUGGAGAUCAUCAGCAGCAUCAAGGACGAGAUGGAGCCCGGCUUCCGGGAGGUGUCCUUCUACUACAGCGAGGAGAACAAGCCGCCCGAGCCCGAGGAGCUGGACCUGGAGCCCGAGAACAUGGAGAGCGUCCCCCUGGACCCCUCCGCCUCCUCGUCCUCCCUGCCACUGCCCGACAGACACUCAGGACACAAGGCCGAGAACGGCCCGGGCCCUGGCGUGCUGGUUCUCCGAGCCAGCUUCGACGAGAGACAGCCUUACGCGCACAUGAACGGGGGACGCAAGAACGAGAGGGCCUUGCCCCUGCCCCAGUCUUCGACCUGCUGAUCCUUGGCUCCCGAUUCCCGUGCAGACAGUAAUGUGUGUGCACGCUGGGCGGCGGGGGGGGGGGGGGGGGGGGGGGGGGGGGCCGGGGGGAGGGGGAGAGUCCGAACAAUCUAUCCACAGCCUCCUGUACCUCAGUGGAUCUUCAGGCCUGCCAGUGCUGCCCAUGGAAGACAGCUUGUCUGCAGUAAACACAUUUGGGGUGUUCCUUUUUCCAAUAUGCAAGCAGCUUUUUAUUUCCCUACCCAAACCCUUAACUGACACGGGCCUUUAAGAACCUUAAUGACAACACUUAAUAGCAACAGAGCACUGGAGAAUCGAGUCUCCUUACGCUUUCCCCGUCACUCCUCUCAGACCUGUCUCCCUCCCUCCCUCUUCUCUCCCACCUUUCUCUUUCUUUCUGCUUCCUAAGGGAAAAACCUUUGCCCAAGCCCAGCUGGGACGCCCUUUUGAUCAGAGUGAGGAACUGGCUGGCCCUCCCUGUGGCCCCACAUUGCCCCCAUAAACACCUGCCUGUCACCGUAGGUCUUUAUAAAAACAACAACAACAAAAACCACGUUGAGACGGAAUUUUUUUAAACUAUCUUUCACCUUUUUAGGGACAUACGAAAUUGUAAAAGGGCCAUCACUCAUUCAAGGUUGUUACCAUUUUAAUGCUGCCAAAUUCUGCCAAAACCCUCAACUUCCUCCCUCCCGAUCCCGACACUUUUUUCCUUGUUUCCAGAGGCAUGGGGCGAGCAUGGUAUCUAGUCCCGCCAUUUAAGAGCCACGCUGAGGAUGCACUCCAUCUGAUCGCCCCUGGUGUUCUUUUCCAGCCUUACGUUCACACAGGUCUAGUUGCUUUUGAGUAGGUUAUUAUUUGGGGGAAGUGGACAGAAUGGGAUUUUUCUCUCAGUGGAGACUGGGAGAGGCUGAAUCCCCUCUUCCCCAGCCCCACCUGCUAGCCCCCAGGAAUUCUGGAGAAAACAGGCCCUGUCGAGAGCCCGGCAGACAGGCUUUGAGGAAAGGUCGUCCAUGUGCCAGUCUCCUGUUCCCCCACUUCCCCCCCAUGCCCUGCUCCCGGCCCCCCAGGACACAGAUGGGAAGGGGUUUCCAGGGACUCAGCCCAACUGUUUAUGCAGGUUUGCAAGGAAAGAAAUUCAAACACCACCACAACAGUAAGGAGAAAAGCAGUAAAUGGAUUCAAGCUUUGUUGGCAUUUUCUCUGUUACUAGGACUUCUUCAUGGGUCUUACAGUUCUAUGUUAGACCAUGAAACGUUUGCAUACACAUCGUCUUUAAUGUCACUUUUAUAACUUUUUUACGGUUCAGAUAUUCACCUAUACGUCUGUACAGAAAAAAAAAAGCUGCUAUUUUUUUUGUCCUUUAUCUUUGUGGAUUUAAUCUAUGAAAACCUUCAGGUCUACCCUUCUUCCCUUUCUGCUCACUCCAAGAAACUUCUUAUGCUUUGUA